AUGGAAUGCUUGGUUUUGCCAGUUUCAAUGUUGAAAAGGCGGUACUUGGGGUGGUCACGGCUAGGCUACCGGCCUUUAUCUGAAGGCUUCUUUGGCGAGUCGGAGGGUCCGGUGACCGUCAUGGUUGGGAAGGAAAAGAGGGAGUUCUUAGUGGACCCUUGUAUUUUUGAAGAAAGUCCAUUCAGGGUUUUGAUGGAUAUGGUAGUGAGGAAGGAGAAUAUAGGAAGGGUUGAUGUAAGAGGGCGGAAGAGAAUGAUUUGGUUGAAUAUUGAUGCUCUUCUGUUUGAGCACAUGUUGUGGUUGAUGCACAAUGAUUGUUCUUCUUUGUCUCAGCUCAACCUUGAAGAGAUUCAAAGGCCAUCUGACCAUUUCCUAGUACCCAAGCUCCCAAUGGAAUGCUUGGUUUUGCCAGUUUCAAUGUUGAAAAGGCGGUACUUGGGGUGGUCACGGCUAGGCUACCGGCCUUUAUCUGAAGGCUUCUUUGGCGAGUCGGAGGGUCCGGUGACCGUCAUGGUUGGGAAGGAAAAGAGGGAGUUCUUAGUGGACCCUUGUAUUUUUGAAGAAAGUCCAUUCAGGGUUUUGAUGGAUAUGGUAGUGAGGAAGGAGAAUAUAGGAAGGGUUGAUGUAAGAGGGCGGAAGAGAAUGAUUUGGUUGAAUAUUGAUGCUCUUCUGUUUGAGCACAUGUUGUGGUUGAUGCACAAUGAUUGUUCUUCUUUGUCUCAGCUCAACCUUGAAGAGAUUGUUGAUUUCUAUGCUCAAGAUAAUUAGAGUUAUUAAGGACUUUUUACACUCUCAUACUGUAACUCGCAGUGGAUCUCUAAUUUGUAUUAACGAAUCUACUUUCAUUGUUGUUGGAUCGAAAUGAUUACCUUCACACCAAAAGUUAUAGCUGUUAGUGAAGG